AUGCAUAAGGUCCUAGUACCACGUGGGUCUGGUGUCCAUCGCUUUGCUUGUCUGUCACUUUAUAGGGCGCUCCUCCGACGAUGUUCUCCCGCCGCUGCCGGUGAUGCGCCCUGGCGCGACGAGACCAAGUUUCUCGUCAAGCAGAGAUUUCGAAGAUACACAAGGCUACAGAGCCCAUCUCAGAUUGCGAAUGCUUUGAAAGCAGGAUACGAGGCUCUGGACUUGCUCGAUCGCGCACAUAAAGGAAACCAGCGGGCCUCCCUCAAGAUUACUUCGAUACUGUCUCAGGCAAAGUCUUUCAGGGAGCAAUAUGCCGCUCAGCAAAGAAGGAUCGCGGAGCUGAUGCCGCCGAAGCCGGUAUCGCCGAGGCAGGCUCGAAAGGAAGUGACCAUACGAUUCGAGCAAGAGACCUCCCGCAAGCAUCCGGAAGCUUUGUCUAUUCUGAGUCGUCCACGGUUAACUCUUAGCGGGAAACGAAAGAUCCCGGUCCUAGUCAAUGCACGUGGUGUGCCGUUCUUGCGCAUCAAGAAGCCUCAGCCAAGGAAUCUGAGUGGCGUCAUACGAAGCAAGCUCGAAAAGCGUUGGAACCGUAUUGUGGCCCGAGACAGGCUAAAAGUGGAGCUUCUCUUUGCUAAGGACGAAGAUGCUUGGGAUCAUCUCACCAGAGCCACAGAACAAGCAACGUGGUCGGAGGAGAUCAAGCUUGCUCUGGACAACGUCUAUGAGAAGAUCCGAGGAACGGACAGGCAAAACCGGGAGCUAGCCGAAAGUAUGUGGAGCAUUGUGCUUGAAGAGAGAGAAUUGGCCAAGAAAGAAGACGAGAAAAGACAGUUGGAGCGGUUGGCCAUGCAAGACAAGGCUACUUGA